AUGGAGACCUGGAUGUGCGAACCGCUUCUUGUGACACCCGAGCGUCGCCUGGAGUCAUGUGCUGCCUGGGGAGAUACUUGGAAUCUCCUGGGCGAACCCCCAUUCCUCACGCUUCAACGCCUUGGCCAUGCGCCGCGGCCUCGGAGUCUCCGAGGCGCCCUGGAGGAGCUGCUGCGGACGGAGAAGCUGGAUGCUUCUGCGCUCCGCCGGUCCUUUGAUUGGGCGCGUCUGGCAAAGACAGAGCAACGCUUCAGCCGACUGUCUUUGGACGAGCUAGCAGCAAUCCGGCUUUGCUUGGAUGCUCCAGACGGUGAGACGGCUCCGGCAGCCCUUCUCGCGCAUAUCCAGGAGAGCACUUGGUUCUCCGCCAUGAACCACUUUCUUGCGUCCAGGCAUCCCUCCAACGUCGAUACGGCGGACAAGGCCGAAGGCAGUGCCUCCACAUGGGAGGUGUUGAUUUCUGCUGUCGUGUCUGGCCUGACCGCCUUGCGCUUGCGAGAGCAGCACGAGGUAGCGCCUGGAUGCUGCUACCGCCUGUGCUGGAUCCCCCAGCAAAACUUCGAUGCACUUUUCGGCUCUGACAGCUGCGGUCGGUUGCUUUGCUUCACUGGCUUUCAACGGGCUGGCGGCGCUGAGCCUUGGCAAAGCUUGGGACAGUUACGUCAAGGCUGUGUACCGUGCCUCCUGGAGUUCGAUGCGGCUAUUUCUUGUCAAGCUGCAGCAGUGCAGGAUUUCUUGGUGGAAGGAACCGCAGCGAGUGCCACACCGGAGCUGCUGGUGCCUCCUUUUCUCCGGAGCCACGUUCGCCGCGUUCGUCGCGAGAGCUCUCCACCGCCAUAUCACAUCGACAUCUUCCGCGUACAACUCGCAGGUGUGACUGAGGCUCCGUUCUCGGACGAUAUCCUUGAAGCACCACCGGAGGCGGUCCUGGUGGCAUCAAUGCUCCUGGCUCUCCAAGGAAGCCCUGCCAAGGAGCUGGAGACCAAUCCUUCCUCCCCCGAGGAGAUGGCAGCGGAGGCUCUCGACCUAGCCGGGCGCUUUUUUACCCAGCUGGCAGCCUCCCUGCGGGUGCGAAGUCCCAACGAGGUGGGUCGCAUGUGGAAGGGCUACUUGGAGUGCGCGCUGGAUGGGCACAACCCGUGGAAGGAGCUCGGCAACACGCUUCAGCUAGGCCCAUUCGGCAUAGCGAGGACGGCGGUGGUCGGCUCCGCGAGGGCUUCCCUGCGUGUAACGAAGCGAGCCCUCGGCUUUGAGAGCUGCCUCGAUUCUGAAGCCAUGGACCAGCAGUUCUGCCGCCAGGCCGAAGAGCUUGAAGCACUUCGACAUGCUGCUGUGGGCUGCGCAAGGGAACAGGCGCGAGCUGUGCGCCUGGAGACGUUGUCAGACCCAGAGGCAUUUUUGCGAUACCUAGCACACGAUCCUGUCCGAGCUUUGCGAGCCACACCUGCUAUCCUCAAGGUCUAUCGGGAUUCUGCGGGUCCGGCGCAGCGCGUGCUGCUCUUCGCCAAGCUGAUGGGUUUGUCUGCCAUGGCUGGUGGCCUCCUUUGCGGUGACCCUCGUGUUUGCGAAGCCUUUGAGGGUCCGUGGCGAGCUGGAGGCGCCCACGGGAAUGCUUGGCACAGCUUCCGCUCCUGUUGCGAGCAGCUGGAUGAAGGGACCCUCGCACGGAACGAUGACUGCGACGAGGCGGCUCUGCAAAGGCAUCCAAGAGAUGCACAUGCAGGGGAUCGAGCCUUGGCACUGCUCACGCUGAUGCGGCUUCAUUUGGCCAGAGUGCAUUUGCUGGUCACUGCGGGUUCACCUGACACCGGCAAGACCACGUUGUUUCGGGAGGUGUUUGGCCUCUCGCAUUUGAGCGCUGGCCUCUCAGAGGAGGGGCGGACGGACGAAGUGCUUUGCGCUCUGCAUCCUGACGCGGACCUGCGUUUCAGGCCUGUGUAUCUUGUCGACAUGCCGGGCUUCGGUGAUGGCACGCAACUCCACCGUGCUUCCCGGAAGCCAACCGGCAUGAAGGGCAAGGUGCACGACUUGGCCACGACCCUCCAGUCCCAGAACGAGGCUUUGGGCAUCGAAAAAGGACAUGUGCACAGCAUCAAAGCGGGAAACUCGAACUCCACCAGCGGCAUGCAGUCCCAGCUGAACGAUGUGAAGCGGUACUUCGGGGCUGACAUCCAACGCAUGAUGCAAGAGUUCGAGGCGAGGAUUAUCAUUUGUCCGCUGCGGUUGUGGAACAGGGAUGUCAGCAAAAGAUUGACUGCAUGA